AUGCAUACCACUACUGAAACAACGUUCAUUCCGGUUUUACUAUUAACCUUCCUGAAUUGUCCUUUCUUUGCUGGAUCCGAAAUUUGCUAUCGAUGUGCUAACGAAUUCAUUGUUAUGUAUUGGGGACAUUUUCUCCCAAUUCAAGCAGACGAUGAAUUGGUUGCCGAUUCGGUAUGUAUAAAAAUUAAUGAAAGAUCAGAAGAAGUACAAUGUGUUGGUCCAUGUCUAACAGUGAAUGUCACCAUUGGUGAAGGUAACAGAACUCGAGUUAUAGGAAUGAUGCGAGAUUGCCAAAAAAAAUAUUACAGUCGGAAUUCGGAUAACGAUAUUGGAAAUCGAAGAUGCCGAAAUCAAACGAUUAAAGUUCGCCAACAUAUGCUGAAUGCUGAAUAUUGCUUUUGUUUGGGUAGUUACUGUAAUGGCGAUGGUGAUCGAAUUGAUAGGUCAGUGAGUGAAUCCCGGAAAAGACAAAAAUAUACGAAAAUUGGAAAUGAAGGACGGAAUGGUACCAAUAUGAGAUGGUCCUUGUGUGAUGUUCAGUGUUUGAUACUUGUUUAUGUAGUAUAUUUGGAAUUACAUUUGGAAACAGUAGGAUUAUUUGUAUUAGUAAUGUCAGAUCCAGUUGCGGAAUUUUUGGCACGUGAGCAAAAUGUUCUGGCUGGUAUACAAGAUGAUUCGCUAGGAACCAGUCCUCCUCCGUACGUCAAUAGUAAUGAUGCAGUUGAUAACGGAAAUGAUACUGCUUGUGUAAACGAAACCCGUUUAUUAAGCGGGACUAGUGAUUCCGGUUUGGAUCUUCCAACACUAGCAAAUGGUGUGCGGCGUUUAAACACAACUCCAUCACCUUCUCUUGCAGCGAUGAAUAAUAUGUCAAAACCGGAACCGGAGAAAAUAAAGAAAUGGCGAGAAGAACAGAAAAUAAUGUUAGAGAAGAAAGAUAAAAAUGAAGAGAGAAAGAAGGAGGAAAUGAGAGCUGCUGGUAAGAAAGAAUUAGAAGAAUGGUAUGCGCAAAGGGCAGAAAGACUUGCAAAAACCAGGGCAGUCAAUCGGAAAGCCGAAGAAGAUUUCAUUUCUGAUCGUGAGGCUUUCAAAGAUGGAGCCGAGUGGGAACGUAUUGCAAAAUUAUGCGAAUUCAGUGGUAAAAAUUCGAAAACAUCAAGUGAUUUAUCACGACUAAGGACUCUUCUUCUUAAACUUAAAACGCAGAAGGAAUAA